AUGAACUACAUGCUCUACGCAUCGCUUCUCGGCUUGGCCUUCGCGUCGCCGCACCCCAGACAAGAUCAACGGCAGAUACAAUGGGGCUCUUGUCCUGACGGCGUGCCCGAUGGCUUGAACUGCUCGAAGUUGUCCGUUCCCAUUGACUGGAACACGCCUGGAAGCGGAACGAUCGACAUCGAAGUUGCGGUGCUGAAUGCGACGAACCCGGAAAAGCGACUCGGAUACUUGAUGCUUAAUCCUGGCGGUCCUGGUGGGGCAGCGAUUCCACUCCUGAUAGCUUACCAGCGCGGAAGUUGGUACUUCUCGGACGACCUGCGGGAGCACUUCGACCUCAUCGCGGCGGAUCCCAGAGGAGUCGGGGCCAGCAAUCCCAUUUCAUGCAGCCCGGAUCUCUGGAACGAGCGCGUCAUUCUGGUCCCAGGCAAUCAAACUGCCUUCGAUAGUACCGUUGACUACUGGAAUAGCUUCAGCAAGAGCUGCGUCAAUGCGACUGGCCCACUCUUCGGACACGUCGACACCGCGAGCGCCGCGAAAGAUAUCGAAGCCCUACGACUUGCGCUUGGAGGCGAACAGUUGAAUUGGCUCGGCUUUUCGUACGGUACCAUGCUGGGCUCGCAGUAUGCCGAGCUGUAUCCCAAGAACAUCCGCGCCAUGGUCCUCGAUGGCUGUGUCGACCACCGCUUGGACGGCAAUGCCCAGAUUCUCUCCGAAGUCGUAUCCUACGAAGCGACUCAUGGAAAGUUCUUCGAAUGGGCCGCUCAGAACUCCACUAGCGCAUUGUACAAUCAAACUCCCACGCCCGUCGAGAUCUGGGAUGAGGUCGUGUCACGAGCAUCAGCAUCGCCGAUCCCAGCUCCUGAAUGCCAGGACGUAUGUUGUUCCGACGUUUCCUACGAAGAGAUCAUCUUGAACGGACAGGAGAUGCUGAUCUGUCCUUCGUCUGGCUUUACCGAACUCGCUCAAGCCCUCAACGACACGCACUACUCGAACAACGCAUCUCUCUUCUCCACACCGCUCGCUGUUCGCGGCAACGACUCCGCAUUCGGUGGACAGGCAAUCCAGUGCUUGGACUGGCAGCCACAUCAGAGCACGCUCGACGCGGUCUUGUAUCGACAACAAGCGGCAGAAUGGCUUGGACCGCAUGUUCGUGGUCUGUGUCAGUCUCUGCAAGUUGUGAUGAGCUGUCUUGGGUGGGCCGUGGACAGAGUCGACCCGCCGCGCAGAUACAACGUCAGCGGGACACCGAAUACAGUGCUCCAAGUCAACGCCUUAUGGGAUCCAUCCACAAGCUUCCAGUGGGCAGUAGGAUUGAACACGCAGAUCGAAGGAGCGGUUCUGGUCACGAGGAAUGGAAGUGGCCACACAAGCUACGAAGGAAGAGGCGAAGCAAGUCGUGUAAUGGACCGGUACCUCGUCAAUUUGACAGUCCCGGAAGCGCAUUUUGUUGUCCAGGACUGA